CCUUCAAUCUUGAUGAAAAGACAAAAACUUAUCCCUAACUCACUUUGUUUAUUCAUUUAAUGACGUUUUUUUUAUUUUUUAUUUUUAUCAAAAUGACCUAACUGGCAGUUGAUUGACACUUCCUCAAUACUUCUAUUAUCUGUUAUGGAUAUACAAGAGUUUUAUUGAUUUUUUUUCCCUACUAAUCAUCCAAAAACUAAAUAAACUUGGUUGAAAAGUAAGGUUUUUUUUUUGUUUUUGAGGAAAAAGUUGCAGAUAUUUAGUCACAAUGGCAAUGGACUCUGACUAUGGUGUGAAGGGCAGCAGCAUCAUCAGGGAAUGGAGUGGACAGGUCCAGCCUGCUCUGGUCGCCUCCUUUCUUUUCCUCUUCUGUCUGGAAGCAUGUCUGUGGGUCAGGAACCUCAGGCUCAAGAGAAGACUGCCCGGACCCUUCGCCUGGCCAGUGGUGGGUAACGCCAUGCAGCUGGGCCAGAUGCCUCACAUCACCUUUGCCAAGCUUGCCAAAAAAUAUGGAAACGUGUAUCAGAUACGUCUGGGCUGCAGUGAUAUUGUGGUCCUGAAUGGAGACAAGGCAAUACGUCAGGCUCUGAUACAGCACAGCAAAGAGUUUGCAGGCAGACCAAACUUUGUUUCUUUCCAGAUGAUCUCCGGAGGCAGGAGUAUGACUUUUACUAAUUACAGCAAACAGUGGAAAGCGCACAGGAAAAUAGCGCAGUCCAGCCUCAGAGCGUUUUCCUCCGCAAACAGUGAGACCAAAAAAGCCUUCGAGCAGCAUAUAACGGCCGAGGCCACGAAGCUAGUGAAGGUAUUUUUGCACCACAGCACCGAUGGUCGUUACUUUGAUCCUGCUCAUGAGUUUACAGUUGCUGCCGCCAACGUCAUGUGUGCUCUGUGCUUUGGAAGGCGAUACGGCCAUGAGGACCUGGAGUUCAGGAACCUGUUGAAAAAGAUGGAGAGGUUUGGAGAGACAGUAGGGGCAGGUAGCCUUGUUGAUGUCAUGCCCUGGCUUCAGUCCUUCCCCAACCCAGUCCGCAGCGUCUAUGAAAACUUUAAGAACCUCAAUGAGGAGUUUUUCACCUUUGUGAAGGAUAAAGUGGUGCAGCACAGGGAGUCCUUCGACCCUGAGGUGACCCGGGACAUGAGUGACGCCAUUAUCAAUGUGAUCGAACACAGAAAUGACAGUGGCCUGACGAAAGAGUUUGUAGAGGCUACAGUCACAGAUCUGAUCGGAGCAGGUCAAGACACAAUGUCAACAGUCAUGGAUUGGAUCCUUCUGCUCCUGGUCAAAUACCCAGACAUACAAGCCAAACUGCAGGAGCUUAUAGACACAGUAGUAGGCCAUGACAGACUGCCAUCAAUAGAGGACCGGAGCAAGCUGGCGUACCUGGACGCAUUCAUCUACGAGACCAUGCGCUUCACCAGCUUUGUCCCUGUUACAAUCCCACACUCCACCACCUCUGACGUCACUAUUGAGGGUCUCCACAUCCCAAAGGACACGGUGGUCUUCAUCAACCAGUGGUCGGUCAACCAUGACCCUCUUAAGUGGAAGGACCCUCACAUUUUUGACCCGACCCGCUUCCUGGAUGAAAACGGGGCCCUAGAUAAGGACAUUACUAACAAUGUGAUGAUCUUUUCGACGGGUAAGAGACGCUGCAUUGGUGACCAGAUUGCCAAGGUGGAAGUGUUCCUAUUCACAGCCGUCCUGCUUCACCAGUGUAGCUUUGAGAGCAGCCCCUCUGAGCCCCCCACUUUUGACUGCUCCUACGGGCUCACGCUGAAGCCCCUCCGGUUCUGUGUCAGUGCCAAGCUCAGGGGUAAACUUCUCGGCUUAGUUUCCCCGGCAUGAACAGCAUGUCCCGAUAACGUGACGCAAGGCCAGCAAACACUUUCCACCAAUGAUAUUAAACAGUGAGUAUUUAAAUCUUACUGUUGGAAGGUUUUCGUAUUUAAUAAUGGUAUUUAAUGCAUAUCUUAACACAGACUGUAUUAUAAGUGUUGUUUGGAACUUGAUUUUGAAGAUGUAUUGUUAGCUUCAGGUUGAAUCCAGUUGUUUUGGCUGUGGGGAUUACACGCUUCACAAAAUACUCUAUACUUGGUGCAUAAUUCUGAAUUGUGUGCUUGUUUUGCCUCCACUAUUGUGCAUGUACAUGUAUCGUGUGUGUGCAGGAAUUAGCUACUUUCCUUACAUGUCAUGUUAAACUAAUAUAACUGUAUAUGAAAUCCUUGAGAAUGUUUUAAAGUCACUCAAUGACUCAUUGUUCUUUAUUGUAAGAAGUAAGAAUAUAUUUAACCCUUUUCCACCUACAGCAGUUACAGUUUUUAUUUCAUAUUUCAGGUAUGACAAUAAAUGUAUGAAAUGUUAAUGUAUUUCACUAUCUACUGUACACAAAGUAUAUGAACACAUUAAGCAAAGAAUGCUGAUUGAAGUGGUGUGUUUGUAAAGUGGGAAGUCUUCCAUUAAAGGACGUCGAUGGCAGUCUCUAAGAUGAAAAGGAGACAUGCCGUGAACCUCGUGGACUUCAAAAACGUCAUGCAGCCAGGAUUUAGUUUUACUGUACAAGCACUGAAGUUACCCCAUGCCAAACACAGAAGUCACACCAGUGAAAAAAACAAACACACACACACACACACACACACACACACACACACAGACACACACACACACGCACACACACACACACGCACACAAAGUGAAUUAAAUUUCCUGCUUUCAUUCUCAGAAACACGUUUGUUUACAAAUGAUCUUUUUCAAAGCUAUAUGGAUGUCAGUGCACUCUCUUUUAGCCUCCACAUUCAGGAAUUGAUGUCUAAAUGCCCAAGGGAUGUGUUCCCCUGUUUCAAUGCCGUUAAAUAAACUCUUCAGUCCUUGAAUGUUACAGAGGAUAUUUUUGUAUCCGUGUGUUGGGUUUAUAUGAUGGAGAAAUAAGCUAUAACUAAAAUAAAGUGAUGAUUUGUCAAUGGUCAA